GGCCACAUCAUAAUAUCAUAUCCAUAAUAACGUCCAUCCACUAUACAAACUAAAAAAACAAUGCAAUCAAGAACUUGUCUAUGCUCUCUUGGCCUUCCAUCACUCCCUCCUCCUCCACGGCGCAAUUCAUCACUACCCUUUAUUUCACACACUAAUAGGAGGAGCUUUAUAUGUGCAUCAUCAUCAUACGGGCACCACAAUUACAAUGAUGGGAAGUUGGUGGAUGAGGACAUGAUCACUCUCAGAUGGAGAAUCCGGGAGAUUGAGAUGGAUGAAAAUAACAACAAUGAAGCUCCUUCUGAUUGGAUGAGCAAAUUGGAGAAGAAAUACUUUGCAAACUAUGAGUCAGAUGUGUGUGAGGCAGUUGGAUUCUUACAGAGAAUGUUAAUGGACACUAGACCUUCCUUCGCAUUCGCCAUCAUCGCUCUGCUUAUGCUAAGCAUGUCAACCUCAGCUUCACUACUACUCUUUAAUCUCGUCCAUUAUUUAGCCAACCCAAUCAUGUAAUCUUUCAACCAGAUAUAUUAUAUAGGAUUAAAUUCUUCGAUGCUCAACUACUGUUACAUGUGAUGAUAAUGAGAUCUUAGAAAUAAAUAAAUGUCAUGUUAUUAGAGACA